GUUAUUUACACUUAUGCACAGUAGUUGGCGAUAUUCAUCUAAAGCGUCUUGCCUGUAAAACUAGAAGAAAAUAAGCCGCCGCCCAUUAGAUGCGUCAGAAGCGUGACGUUUGUGAUUUUCUGGAAAUCGGUGAAAUGUGGAUUUUGUCCAGUUGCUCUCAGUCCCAGGAAGAGUGAGUGGAGUGCGGCUUGCACUAUGAGCGGGGCAGCGCUGGGAUUAGAGAUUGUGGUUGUCUUUUUCCUGGCUCUCUUUCUCCUGCAUCGCUAUGGAGACUUUAAGAAGCAGCAGCGCAUGGUUCUCUUUGGCACACUGCUGGCUUGGUAUUUGUGCUUUCUCAUCGUCUUCAUUCUUCCCCUGGAUGUCAGCACGACAAUCUACAAGCAGUGUUUAAUUGAUCACGAAUCACAUGCCCAGACGCCCUCUGUGAGUCCUGUCCUUUCAAACCAGACGACUCCAAAUACCUCCGUCUCAUCCAGUAUAAGCACUCAGCGUGUUUGCUAUAAACCAUGGAGCUACAUUCCAGAUGGCAUCAUGCCAGUGUUCUGGAGGGUUGUUUAUUGGACCUCACAGUGUCUUACUUGGCUCCUUUUGCCAUUCAUGCAGUCAUAUGCUCGCUCUGGAGGAUUCUCCAUUACUGGAAAGAUCAAGACGGCCCUGAUUGAGAAUGCCAUCUAUUAUGGCACAUACCUUUUCAUCUUCGGCUCGCUUCUCAUCUAUGUGGCUGUACAUCCUCAGUGGCACCUCUCCUGGUAUGAGCUGCAAACCAUCGGCAUCACUGCGGCCAACACUUGGGGUCUGUUUCUUCUAGUGUUGCUGUUGGGCUACGGCCUGGUCGAGAUUCCCCGCUCGUACUGGGAGGCCUCACGCCAGGGUCACCUCCUCAUCAAGACUUACUUUAAAGCAGCCAAGCUCAUGACAGAGAAGGCAGAUUCAGAGGAGAACCUAGAAGAUGUCAUGGAGGAAGUGAGAAAAAUCAAUGAAUCGAUUAAAUAUAAUCAUCCAUUAAGGAAGAACGUGGACACCAUUCUCCGAAAGUGUCCAGUCGAAUAUCAGGAGAAAAUGGGCAGGAACAUGGAUGACUAUGAGGAUUUUGAUGAUAAACAAAACACAUAUCCCACUGAAAGAAGUCUUUCGAAACUACACAAGCAGGUGAUCUACGCAGUGCAGCGGCACAAUCGCACACGAGUUCAGUGGCAAAUAUUGUUAGAACAGGCUUUCCAUCUCGAGGAUGUUGCCAAGAACGAAACCAGCACCACUCGGCAGUUCGUUCACAGCUUUGCCCCUCCAGAGCCCGUAGGCUGGUUUAGACGCUACAUUUACACUCCCACAGUAGAAUGGUACUGGGAGUGUUUGCUGAAGCAGUGGUUUUACCGUAUACUGGCUGUGGUUCUGUCGCUCUUUUCGGUGGCUGUGGUUUGGUCGGAGUGCACUUUCUUCAGCACUCGUCCUGUUCUGUCACUCUUUGCUGUGUUUAUUCAGCUUGCUGAGAGAGAUUACAACUACCUGUACAUUGAGAUGGCGUGCUUCAUUACCAUCUUUUUCCUCUGCACCUGCGUCUACUCCACUGUGUUUCGCAUCCGAGUCUUUAACUACUACUACCUGGCCUCACAUCACCAAACCGAUGCCUACAGCCUGCAGUUCAGCGGCAUGCUUUUUUGCCGCUUGACUCCCCCGCUUUGUCUAAACUUCCUGGGACUGAUUCACAUGGAUUCUGCCAUAUCCCACCAAGCAAAGGAGCAGACGGCAUACACCUCUAUCAUGGGUUCCAUGCGGGUCCUGUCCUUCAUUGCCAACGGCUUCUACAUAUAUUACCCCAUGCUGAUCGUCAUUCUCUGUAUUGCGACAUACUUCAGUCUUGGUACACGUUGUCUGAACCUCCUGGGUUUCCAGCAAUUUGUGGGGGAGAAUGAAAUGACUUCUGACCUCAUAGAUGAAGGCAGAGAACUCCUGCGCAGAGAAAGAAGAAAGCGGCAAAGAAUAGAAGAUGGAGAGAACAGACGAAGAGAAUGGAGAGAACGUUAUGCUCAGCGAGAUGAGAUUGCAGCCAGAAACCAAACCUCCAUGUCUGAGAUGAAGGAGACCAACUACGGUGAAACCCUAAAUUCAAACACAAACCGACAGGCCAAGUACACACGUAGCAGCAACCAGUCAGGACGAGACAGCAUUGAGUUGUUGCAAGACGCUGAGCCAUUGGACUUCAAUGCUGAAACACUCACUGAUGACCCUUUGCAAUCUGACCCUGGCAGACAUGUCGGUGGAAGGUACCUCUCCAUGUCGUCUUCUCGAAGCCGAAUCUUUGAUGACGUUUAAUGUUUCUUUUUGGGUCAAAAACACUGUCUAAGAGAAAAUAAGAUGAAUUGUACUUCUAAAAACACUCAUCUCUACAGCUGUGGUCUGUCCCUCUCAUUUUAAACAUCUUCAACUUCCUGUAUCCUGUAAUGCAGUGUAGUUAUCUGCAUGCAUCCUGACGAACUCGCAGCCACAUAGAGAAAUGCACAUACUCAUUUUGAAGUGCCAGGCAGUCAGAUUGCUGCAUGUGAAACAUGGGAAAUGUUUUUUUUUUUUCUACUCGCAGUUUCUUUACUUCAUUUCAAGAAAUGAGUCAUAGUUAAUGUAAAGUUGAACAGUCAGAACACACAGAUGAAAGUUACUACUGAAAGACAGGAUUAGCCUGACACACUACUGUUUCUUAUCUUUUGAGUCCUGGUGUAAUUUAGUUUUAAGUAUUUUUUUCCCCCCAUUAUUUCUAUUCUUUUAUAUAUUUAUGGUACGUAAAGCUGUAUUAUUUAUGUAUUUCGGUUUUAGACAUUCACAUGGCUGUUAUUCUUUAGACCUUGCACAUCUUAUUUAAAAUGAAGUUACCUUUGUUACCUUAUUUUCUGUCUGAUAGGCCAUUUGUAAUUUGCACUGUCAUUUUUGCCACUUAUUCAGAAUAGGCGAAGCUAUUGAAAUGGCUUUAAGGAUGCGAUCUGAUUGUUUAAAGAAUGGGGUCAGAUCUAAUGGAUUACAGCAUGUACUUACGUGCUGGUUUACCAGACUUAUAAGCAUCUCUUUAUCACAAGUGCAGUUUUCUUAUAGAAAACACUUUUAGUAUACAAACGUGUUGAAGGAAUCUGUGAGUGCAUGGCAAGAUGUGAGGGAAUCACAUGAAAUUCUCCUUGUGCAUAGGGUCAUCAAGCAUAUCCAGUGUAAAUGUUUGCAUGAUAUAUUCUACUGAUUAUGCUGAGGAGUCUUGUUCUUGUUUCUCACAGGAAGUGCAGUAGCGGCUCUGAGUAGUGUUAUAUUUCACUGUCAACAUUUGUCUAUUCUCUCCACAAAUGUUUAGUAUCAUGGUUUAUUAAAUUUUCUUAGUAAAUGUAGCCCUUCGGGUUGAAAUAAAUAAGAAGGGCAUUUUUCUUUUUGUCCAUACCUUUUUGUUUAUUGAUAAAGUUAUUCAUUAUCUACUGUGUAUUUAUGAAGAUAUGAAUUAUGUUGCCAAUGAGGUCUUGUUAUGGUAUUUUGAUAUGGUCAGUCCUCAAGUAGUGUGUUGAUGAAGGCCAACUGGAAUCUGAUGCUGGAAUCUGUUGAUUUGUAUAUUUGGUUUAAGUGAAUUGUGGUACAUUCCAAAUGGACACAUACUAAUGUAAUCUUGCAGUUAUUAAUAAAUUAUUGAUUAAAUCAUA